AAAGACAGACAAUGCAAACAAAUCAAAACUCCAGUCAACAAGAACAGACAACAAACGAAGAUAAUAAUUUUACUAAAGUUACGUACAAAAAAAUGAAACAGGUCAGGAAAAACAUCGGAACAGGAAAGCAGAGUAAAGGUUUCUCAGGUCAAGAGAGAAAAGUAUGGUUGUAUAUUUACACAGUGAAAAGAAGUACAACGACUGAAAUUAUCGAAGAGUAUCUAUCUACCAAGGAGGGAUUUCAAGAAGUGGAAAUAAUGGUAAAAGAAAUUCCUUCAGAGGAGAACCGACUCAAAAGAUUUGUCUUGUCUGCCCCACUUGAAAAGAAAGAGGAACUCUACAAACUCGAGUUUUGGCCAUCCGGCGUUGGCAUAAAACGUUUUGAUUUUUCAAAACACAAAGACCUACUCCAAGAAGGUGCAAAUUUUUUAUAGAACACUCUGAAUCUCAGUCAGAUACCCAGCGGAAGGAGAAAAGCAUUAUGGUAAAAAA